GCUCAAAGCGCAGUUUCAGUGAAAACAUUGACGAGAACACAUCGCUGUUUAGUGGGAAAUCUGAUAAUUUAGAUAAGAGUGAACAAAAUAAAUCCAUAAUGAAAUUUCAAUACAAGGAAGAACACCCGUUCGAGAAGCGAAAGGCUGAGGGUGACAAAAUUCGACGCAAAUAUCCAGAACGAGUACCCGUUAUUGUCGAAAAGGCCCCCAAGGCCCGUAUUGGAGAUUUGGACAAGAAGAAGUAUCUCGUCCCGUCUGACUUGACCGUUGGUCAGUUCUAUUUCCUCAUCCGUAAGAGAAUUCAUCUAAGGCCAGAAGAUGCCCUGUUUUUCUUUGUUAACAAUGUAAUUCCACCAACGUCGGCAACAAUGGGUUCGCUGUACCAGGAACACCACGAGGAAGACUACUUUCUCUACAUUGCUUAUUCGGAUGAGAAUGUGUAUGGAAACAAGUGAAUACCGAGAGUGAUAUACUUAGAAAAUGACUGCUAAAAAUGUAUUUGGUAUAUUUCUUCUGUUUUAUUACUUGUCAAUAUUGCUGCUUAACACUUUAGGGUAGGUAUUUUUCAGCGAUUUUUAAAAUUUCGUUUGCCACAUUUUCGCUGCAACUCUCUACGUCGCGAUGCAUUUGAAACAUGGUUAAGCUACCUGUUCAGGGGUUGGCCAAACACGAAUAGGAAUUCCGUUACUGUUUUCAACUGCUUUUGUCACUGUUCUGGUAAUAAGAAUUCAACAAAAAAAAUCAAAACAACUUAUCUGUUUGAGUGGACAAAGCUUCAAACGUCAUUUUGACAAAUCUGAUAGCACCCCACGCAACCCAACACCAAUUUUCUUACAAGUUGGUACUGUGAGUUUGCAUGUGAGUGUCCUUAGAUUUAUUGAUUCGAAUAAGUUGUUCUAAAUGAAUCACAGCAUUUAGGCCGGAACAAAUAUUAUUUUCGCUUGCAGUCUUCCCCCUCGAAAUUUUGCGUUUUAAUUUAGUAGUUCUAUGGAUAAAUGCAUUUUUGAAAUAUUUUUUAGAAAAUCUGAUGUGUUUGCUUUUUUGCUUUUAAUUUUCUUCCCCCUUUAUUUUCUAAAAAAUAGUGGUGGAAAAAAAAUUAAUUGAAUAAAAUUAACAAGUUAUCGGAUUUGUUGAAAAAUGUUUUAAAAAUCCUCCUAAAAUUGACAAUUAAGACCGAAAAAAAUCCAAGGGGGCACAUAUGCUUUCAAAAAUAUUUGCAUCGGCUUUAUUGUUAUGCUAAAUUUUGUUGUCAGAACGUUUCCAAUCAAUCAAUUCUGGGAAGUAGAUACAAUAGUGCUAUCAAAUGAGCAGCUCGAAGUUAUUUCUUUCCCUCUCAUGUCCGUUUGUUGACAAAAAAGAAUGAUCAGGACGGGAGCUACUUCGAGCUGCUCAUUGAUCAGCAUUAUUGUUUAAUUCGCUAUAAUUUCUUGAUGAUGUUUUAAGAGAAAUAUAACACACACGUAUUUGGAGUGAUAAAUCAUUUUUUAUUGCUAUUUCUUUUUUUUUCUCCACACCUAACAACUGGUUUUUGCAAAUGCAUAUGAAAUACGCCAACAUAAAUCUAUAUAAAAAGAAUAUAAUGGUAAAUAUUAUAAAAAAAACAUAACAUCAAACAAAAUGUGUGCAAGCACGUACCAAAAACAUAUGUGUAUGUUUAAGUUCUCAGUUUUAGAUUUAUUAGUACCCUACAAACUGUAUUUUAUUAUUGUUUAAUUUUCACAGAUAUAUGGAAUAAAUUAUAAGUCUAAGUAGGUA